AUGUCUGCUCCUUUUGUCAAUGUUGAAGAGUUCAAUCAGUUACGAGCUCAAAAUGAACAAUUAUGGAAGAUUAUUGAACGACAACGCUCCAUGAUUCAAAACCUUCAAAAAGAAAAUUCUCACUUGGCUGCAGAAAGGGAUGGUUUACAAGAUAAUGUUAACUCUUUUGAACGCGCUCGAAAACAACGUGCUUCCAUCCUUUUCUCACCUGAAGCUCUCAAAGCCAUGACAGAACCAGAUGAAGAAACAAGUCCUAUGCCUCCACCUCGCUCUCCUUAUCGUUCUAAUAAUGCUCAAAAUAUACAAAAAUUCAAAAUCAAUAAACCACCACCUUUUGUAGUUCCUAUGCCUAGCGUGUCUUCUCCCGUCUUUGCCAACACACCCACUGAUGAUUCUUCUUUGUCCUCAUCUUUCUCUUCGUCUUCUUCUUAUUUACGCCCUUGCUCUCCUCCUGUUGGUGGUCCUACGAUUUCUUCUUCUUCUACUACUACUGCUACUACUAUGGCUCAGCGUACUGGAAAUAGAUCAAAAAGAGAAAUUUCCUCUGGUGGACCUAUGACUGGUGCUGGUGGUACAACAUCAAGUCCUUUUGCUGGUGGUAUUACAAACAUUGCAGUCAAGGUACUUGGUUCCAAUAUACGUCAAAAUGAAAAGAAUCGUGAAGUGAUUUCCUUUAUUAUUGCUGUUGGCAAGAAACCUGAUGAACAUAAUUUGGAAUAUGAAGAAUUAUGGCGUGUAGAAAAAUUAUAUUCUCAUUUUCUUGAAUUGGAUGCCAAGUUGAAAUCAAAUCAGCGAUCUGUUGCAAAUCGUAUUGCCAAAUUACCUGAUAAAGCAUUAUUUACCACUAAUUCACCAAGUAAAGUGGAUAGACGAAAAGCAGCAUUGGAACAUUAUCUUCAACAUAUUAUAUUAUUGCCCAUGGAUGAUAUCUCUGAUUUAUGUGAAUUCUUAAGUACGAAUGUGGUGGACAAUGAUGUGAUGUAUUCUCGUACUGGACGCAAAGAAGGCUAUUUGACAAAACGAGGCAAGAACUUUGGUGGUUGGAAAACACGUUACUUUGUACUACAUGGAUCUAGUCUAGAAUACUAUGAAUCAAAGGAUGGUAAUCACCUUGGUACCAUUCGACUUGUCAAUGCUCAAAUUGGACGCCAAACACCUGGAACAUCUACUUCGGAUGAAAACAAUAUUUAUCGACAUGCUUUUUUGAUUGUGGAACAAAAACGGUCUGGAUCUUCUCAUGUGGCUCGACAUAUUCUAUGUGCUGAUUCUGAUGAAGAACGGGAUGCUUGGGUGGAUGUGUUAUUCAAGAAUGUGACUUUGGAAGAAGAUAAAGCAUAUAUAUCAACCGAUACUACUCAACAACAAGUCAAUAAUGGUGGUGGAUCUGUGAUGAAAAAGAAACCUUCCAAAUCAGUUUCUUCUAAAUCUGGUACAAGUACGAAGUCUGGCUCCUCUCAUGAAUCUGAAUUUGAUAAACUUAGACCAUCCAUGAUGCAAGAUCCUUCAGAGAUUGGCGUUGCUGUUUCUGGUCCUACUGAUUUUUCCAAAUCCAUCAAUGAAAGCUCAGAAUCAUUACCUUCAGUAUGGCCAUCUGCACCGCCUAUUGUCUUUGAUCAGCGUACAAGUUUGGAUCAACUUCAACAUGCGACAUCUUCUCAUACCCAAUCAAAUAACAACAAUAAUAAUAAUUCUUUACAACCACGUACGCCACAUCAUCUUACUCGACGUAGUUCCAUGGUGAAUUUACUCAAUACCAACAAUGAAGAAAUUGUUCUCCCUGCUCGUGCAUUAUCUCCUUCUCCUGCUUUUGGCCGUGAUAGCGAUGAAUUACUCAGUGAUGAAGUAUCAGAAAAGAAAACCAAACAUAAACGAAUGACAUUCUGGGGCAAGAAAAUGUUCAACAAUAGCAAUGAAACCUUGGUAGUUCCUUCUCGACCAUCACCAUCCUCAUCAUCUACGACCAACAACAAUACUUUGGACAUAUCAUCAACGUCAUCAGGUGCAAAUGGCAACACUAGUGCAUCAACAUCCUCUGGAUUACGUGGUUUUCUAUCUCGUCCUUCAAAUGAAAAUGGUCGUUCCUCCAGUAAAGAAACCAAUCAAACCCCUCUUCAUCCUGUAUUUGGUGUUCCUCUCGAAGAAUCAGUGCGUACGUCUCGUGUAUCAGAUACUUAUCAAUUACCAUCCAUUGUUUUCCGGUGUAUUGAAUAUUUGGAUGCCAAGAAAGCUGUUUUGGAAGAAGGACUUUAUCGUUUAAGUGGUAGCAAUAUAAUGAUGAAAUCACUCAAACAGAAAUUUGACUUGGAGGGUGACAUCAAUCUAUUGGCAGCCAAAGAAGAAUAUGACGUACAUGCUAUUGCUGGAUUAUUGAAAAUGUGGCUACGUGAAUUGCCAACUAGCGUGUUGACCCGUGAACAUCGUAUGGAUUUCCUUCAUGUGAUUGAUCUAUUGGAUAGAAAGGAUCGAGUGAAUGAACUUGGACGACUUGUUUCUAUCUUACCUAUAGAGAAUUAUACAUUGUUAAGGGCCUUGACAGCACAUUUGAUUCAAGUGGUACAACAUUCUGAUGUCAACAAAAUGACGAUGCGAAAUGUCAGUAUUGUGUUUUCACCAACACUUGGUAUACCUGGUACGAUUUUCAAUUUACUGAUGAGUGAAUUUGAUUAUAUCUUUUGGACAACGGAAGAUGGUGAUGCAGCACCAAGAAUGAUAUUGGAUGAUGAAGAUACUGUAUACGAAACACCUGUCAAGGUUAUGGAGGAAACAAAUGGUACAACCACUGGUCAAACUAGUCAACUUGGAAGAAGACCUACAUUACAACUUCGAGAUGGAAGAAGCAAUCGAAACAGUGUAAAUUAUCGUGAAGCAGCACCGAAUAGUAUUGUUGGAUUAGAAAAACAACAUCAUCCUCAUGGUCAACCACUUAUGUUAGAUGAAAUUGAAGAUGAUGUGAAUGAUUUAGCAUUGACAGAUGAUGAUUAUUCUUUGAUCUCGGAUGAUAAAUUCCAACCUACAGCUAUUACCACUUGAUGCAUUUUUUAUAUAUGUAUAAAACAAAAAAGAAAAAAAAACUCCCAAUUUAUACAAUUUUUAUAUUCCAUCCUUUCUCGUAUUUUAUCAUUUUACCAUUAUUCUUUUAUUAUUAUUUAAUAGUUAUUAUUCCAUUCAUCCCAUCAUUCGUUUUUUUGAUCUAUUUUUAAUAUCUC